AUGACUACCAACGGAAGUUGCGCUUGUGGACAGGUGACUUAUGAGUACACCGGCGAGCCUGCGGUAACGGCUCUGUGCCACUGUGUGGAUUGCCAAAAGUGGACUGGCGGUGCUUUUACCUCGAAUGCUGUUGUUCCUCGAACUAGCUUCAAGGUGACCAAGGGUUCGCCCAAUACCUGGGAUGCGGUUGGCGAGUCUGGCAAGAUCAACAAACACUUCUUCUGCGGCAACUGCGGUUCUAGCUUGUACACCGAGCUCGAGGUCAUGCCCGAUGUCACUUGCGUCAAGGCCGGUUCGCUCGAUGGCGGUGCAGCUAGCCUCGGUGACAAGAUUGGCGUCGAAUUCUAUGUCAAGGACCGUGUCAACUACCUCAGCGCCUGUGCGGAUGCUAAGCAGGAGCAGGCCUUUGGCAACUAA